AUGGGAAACUGCUGCGUGCACGAAUCGACGUCGUCACCGACAAUGUGGGCUGGCGACGAUUGGGAGUCGUUAUUGGCGACGGGCACGGAGGAGGAAGAGCGAGAAGCUUUAUUGCGAGGAGACACGGCGACGCUGUGCGGUUCGGCUUCUUCGCAUGGCAGGAGAGAGCGGGUGAAGAUAAAGAUCACGAAGAAGGAGCUCCAGGAGUUGGUGAAGAAGGUGGACAUGCGGAAGCUUUCUCCUCAGGACGUGGUGGAGAGUCUGUUAAUCGAUGCGAGCGCCGGCGGCAGCAGCCACCGCUGCUCCGCCGAGAAGCACCACCAGCCGUGGAGGCCGGCAUUGAAGAGCAUUCCAGAGGUCAACUAA